UGAUAGCCAGUCAGUGACUUGGUGCCCAAUGUGUUAAUAUCUGGUUUAUAUAAAAUUGAUUGUAAAUAAAUUUUAUUUCUUUAUCUGUUAAAUAAUUAAUGUUCAAUUAUUGUCAUUGUUGAUAUUUUUGAUGUGGAAAAUUAAAUCUGUCAUAUUGAUUCGUCGCAUUUAAUACUGAAAAAUGCUUAAAUGACUGAGCAGCUGUUAAGACAUGAUUGAAUCACUGCCAUAUUUUUACUUUCAUCGUAAUAAAUAUUGAAAUAUCAAAGUAUUUAAAAUUUAAAUCGAUUUAGUGGAGUGUAAAUAAUUUUUUUAAAAAACAAAAAUUCAAAUAAUGGACAUUUUUACAGAUUAAAAGUUUCAUAGCUCACGAAUAAAUUAGAUACUUUUCCUGGUGAAGUACUGAGAAUUAUAAAAAUGAAGUCUGUUACAACUAACUCUGAUCAAGCCAAUUUUGGUCGUGAUAUGGCUAAGAAACUUGGGUUAGGUCCUGAAGUUAGAGAACUCAAAUUUGGACCAACAUUUACUUCAAAUAAUGACAGAAGCACUUCUCUCCAUACAAUUAAAUAUGAUUUCAAGCCUGCAAGUGUAGAUGUUUCAAAAAUGGCAACAGUUGAUGUAGGUCCAAAUAAUACAAUGACUGUAACCGUACCACAUUUAGAUGGUGCAGGAAUUCCCCAUACAGUUUUUAAAGGAUCUCAACGUCCGUAUAGUAAAGAAUGUGUUCUAAUAAUAGAUAGAACAACAGGAGAAAUUACUCUAGAAAAGCUUUCAUCCAAUAUACAAGUCAAAAAGACUAGAGUGGAAAAGUCUCAACCAUCCUUAUUGCAUCCCACUAAAGAACCUGUGAUGAAUUCCACAUCAAAUAGGCCUAAUACCCCAAUAGAUAUGAAGCGAAGUUUUGCUUCAGGAAGAUCUACUAGUAGAACUAAAGUUGUUACAAGUGGAAAGAAAAAAGAACCAACUGCCCAACUUCAUCCGAAAUCCCAUCAACAAUCAAGUCCCAUGAGAGUGUCUCCUUAUAGAAAGAGUCCUUCAAAUCUGCCGUUACAAAGCAAUAGUCUUCCUAUGAUUGGAUCUGAUGAAGAAGGACCUGUACCAGUAACUAUGUCUCAACCUCCAGUAACAACUAAAACUAUGAAUUCAAAUGACAGAAAUUCAGUACCACAGACUUCUAUACUAUCAUUAAAAAGUGAAGUUAGAGCACUUAGUGACUCUAGUUCCAGUAGUUCAAGCUCCGAUAGCUCUGAUAGUGAUUCUGAGCCAGAAAUACCUAUAGCACCUGUCACUAAUGGUCAUACAAAUGGAACAUCAUCACCUUCAUUAAUGAGCAUGCCAAAUAACCUAUUAAAUGAUGAUCUUCAAUUAUCUGAAUCUGAGUCUGAUUGAUGUAGGUAAAAAGGUAAAUAUAAUUACUUUUGAUAUUUUUGUGAUAUUUUCAUCUCAAUUUGAAAAAAACAGAGAAAAAUAUCCGUAUAAAUAUUCAAUAUUAAAUGA